CAUUUGAUUAUUUUUUUAUCGCUACAUCAAUCACAUGUACCAUGCACGACAUACAAAAUGAAUGUAUCAAAUACGAUCUAAAAAUUUAGUAAACAAGCCUAGCUCGAACUCGACUCAGCUCGUUAAUAAAUGGCUCGGGCUUGACCUCAGCUCAUUUGUUAAUGAGUCAAACUCAAGCUGGGGUAAAACUCGGCUCACCUUGGCUCAUUUGCAGCCCUAAUGGCAAUGGGGCGGGGCGGGUACCUCAAUUCCCAUGCCCCGCCCCCACGCUACUACGGGGCGGGGCGGGUAAAACCCGUGCGGGUACGGGGCGGGGUGGGUCGACCCACUCUUACAUGUUGUUCAAAAAAAAUACAAGUAAAUUUUACUUUUUACAACAAAACGUAGGGAAAAACACUUUAAGAAUGAAAAAUAUUGAUAAUAGAAUGGAUAAUUGAGCCUAACAAGUUGAAAGAUCGACUCUAACUAGUUGAAGAAAAGUCAAAAUAGGAGAAAUAUGUAUUGAUAUUGUAAGAAAUUGAGAUAAAAUGAGUCUAGAAUGGGGCGGAGCGGGACGGGGCAAGGAGAGUCGGAAGUAGAUACUCAUGCCCCGCCUACGCUACUGCGGGUCGGGUAAUACCCACACCAUUACGGGUCAGAUCGAAUAAUACUCGCUAGGCGGGUUGAAAUUGCCAUCACUACCCGUAGUUGCACCUGCUGGAUGAAGCUAGAUAGGCAACCAAGUGUUAGAAACAAGUACAGUCAUCGGACACACGUGUCAGCUUACAAGCUAAUGGAACCAUCCAUUACCCACUAUCCUACUUUCAUCUCUUUCCCCUAUCAACAACUGUCACUUUCCUUUCCAUAUAACUCCCCCGGCCCCCUCCCAAGUCCCAAGUCCCAACCAAACUCUAUCAACAUUAUCUACAACAUCUACUGUUAUUAUUAUUGCAAUCCAGAUAUUUUUCGAUGGUGUAAAAAAUGAAAUGGAGACCAAUAAUGAUAUCAUUAGAAAACCAUGAGUACUAAUAUUAUGGAUCCUCUGCAGACCCAGAAGAAGAGCGGCGGCAGCAGGUCUCGGAGUUGUAGGAAGUCGUCGUCUGCCACAGCCGCAAACAACUAUCGAUUCAUAAACAUGGCGGAAGCAAGAAGGGAAGUCGCCCUCGCCUUGCAACAUCACCGUUCUUCAUCAUCGGCUGGUCAUCAUCAUCAUGCGGCCGCCGCCGCCGCCCCACCUAGCGGCGGCGGUAGUAGUAACUACCCUUCUACUAGCUAUUGCUAUUCGGCGAUGGACACGUUGCCAAUACCUGGGCCCGUGUGGUCAACCACUUCACCGGCAGUGCUAGCGCAACCGCCUCCUCCGCCGCCCGUUUUAGCUUGGCCUGAAUCCCAGCAUCAGCCGCCGCUGGGAUUGGACUACUACUGCGGGGGAAGUGACUAUUAUGAUCCAGCUCUAUGGUGUACUAAUUAUAAUAAUGAUUGUAUUUCUGCUGCUGCUGCUGCCAACGGUGAUAUUCCUGAUUGGUGGCCGAGCUCCGUGGAUGGCGGCGGCGUUGUGGACGUGUCGGAUGAGGCAUCCAAAUACUUUGAUCAAUGUUAUUCCGUUGGCGAUUGUUCGCCGCCGGGAAUAUCGCCUGUGACUGACGGACGUUUGUGGAUACAAGAGAAGCCAGACAUAUGAUUACUACUAUGUAUGUAUUGUGAUUUGCUGGAUUAUGAUUUAGUGGGUAGUCUUUAUAAAAUCGUUGUUUAACUAUUAAUCAAACUGUUCAUGGGAU